AUGAAGGUGGCAAAGGCGGCGGAUGUCAAACGGGGCAUCUCCGUAAUAUGGGAGAAUCUGCAGUGCCCGAUAUGUUUGGAUUUGAUGAGCAUGCCUGUCUCCACCAAGUGUGAUCACCAGUUUUGCAGGUUUUGUAUGAUGAAGCUUUUGGACCGGAAUAAGAAGGAAGAGGCUAACUGUCCGGUCUGUAAGGCAAAGGUCACAAAAAGAAGUCUACAGGAGAGCCCUGGGUUCCAGAGGCUUGUAGAGGGAUUGCAGAAUAUGGUCCGGGCCUACGAAGAUGACACCAGGACAGACUACUUCACUGGAGUGUCCCAAAGGCUUGAGCACCCUGGUCUUCAGACAGCAGGCCCCAGGGAAGUUCACUGUAAUGGGGGAAAAGCCUCAUCUUGUGAUGGACAAAGUGCCGACUCUGCUGACAGCAGCCAAUCCCAAGGCCCUGUGGAAACAAGAAAGUCCCCCUCAUCAUCCGUGGAAGUUAAGCAAGGCUUUGUGAAACUAAUGGAUCUUGAAGAUUCUUGCACCAUCAUCUCAGACAAAGAGGGUUUUGAUAGUGGCUUGGCUGACAUGCCACCAACAUCUGAAAAGGACACAGAAGACAACUGUUUAGCAAGCACCUCCACCUUAGAGAAACAGGUGCCAAAUAUGGAACCCACCAAACCUGUUGGAGCUAAAAGUGUUAAAACACGGCAGAGAAGAGAGAACACUACUAUAUCUGGUGAUUCUUCACAUCAGCAAGGAGAUAGUCUUGAAGAGGGGGAGACUCACAACAAACCCAAAAAGCGAUCUUGCGGGGAAGGCAAAAGACGAAGCUCAGACCCUGACAAAAUUCUGGAAAAAAGGCGUAAGAAAAGUCUUGAAAAGGUGUCUGAGUGGCUGUUAAAGAUCUCGCCAGCUGAUGUGGAUACAGAUGACAUGGACCCUGAUGCCAGUUUCCAGAAUGACUUUGAUGAUGCAUCUGAUGGAGGAAGUUCUUCCUCCACCAUUAAGGAGAACAGAGAUGAGGGGCAGCCUGUGAGCCUUAAGAGGGAUUGUCGCAGUCUGCGCUUGGAGGAGCAAGUGUUCGGGGUUGUUUACAGACGUGACCGGAGGUCCGCUGGAACCCAGCACAACAGAGUCUUCUCCCCUGAGAGCAGAGAAGUCGCUGACCUGCCUGCUUGUGGUCCACCUGAAGAGACCCAGACCCAGAAGAAAACUCCCAGUAGGAGGACAUCCAGGAAGCUGACACCUGCUGAUUUUAUCAAGAGACCUCACACUGAGGAGGGAGAGGUUGUUAUUGUGAACCAAUCAGAGAAAACUGAUACAAAGGCAGGACCAAUCCAGGACCAAUCAGAUGAGGGUGGAGCAAGGGAGGAUGUUGACCAAGUUGAGCUCAGUUCCCAUGGCUCAGCUGGAAGGAAAAUGGAGCAAGGGGAGUUACUAGAGGAGGGGGAGGAUGCAGAUGACAGUCCUGAGUUUGAGGUGCCACUCCAAAGGGCAACAAAAAGAGCAAGGACUAAUGUAGGGACUGCUUGGCAGAAGGCAAAUAGCUUGCGUCUGGAUGGGAAGGAAGAAGUAGAAAUUAGCGAGCAAAACAAAAGCAAGAGUAGAAAUGGAAAGAAAAAGAGCAGAUCGACCCAGAAGAAGUUGGCAAAAGCAGCUAAGCCCCUGGAUCUUGUUAGCGUUGACCCUGUGGUAAGUCCAGAGAAGGGACCUCUGUUAGUUGAGACAGAGGUUCAGAUUGAGAGUUACCCAAGUAGUGUAGGCCUGGGCAGCCCAGCUGAGAGGGCAACUAGGCGUAGCAGGAGGCUGCAGGUAUUCACAGAGGAGGUCCAGGCGAGCAGGAAGAAGGGUCGAUUAACAAGAUCAAUGGAUAUCACUGUAGACCCUGAUGGUGCAUGUGCUGUGGAAAAGGCUGAGAGGACACCCAGGAGAGCUAACCGCCCACUGAAGAAAAAGAUAGAAAACCAGGCGAUGAGGAAUGGCUGCGUUGUGAAUGUGGAUGUGGCAACCAUUGAGCAAAUUGAUUCAAGUUUGAAUGCAGACUGUGAGAUUCCGUGUGGACAGAUAGAAAAUGCUGCUGAAGAAGGAUUAUCUGCAGUUCCAAAUUCUGAAAGCCCUCCUGAGGCUGACAUUCAGUGCUCAUUCCUCAAAGGGAUCCAUCCAUCCUCCCAGCCCUCCCAGGACCUUGCACCAGCAGUUGAGCUGGAAGCACACGGCUUUGUGGACAGUGUUGCUCGUGAGGACAUUCAAGUUGUGAUGGAAGAAGAGGAGAAGAAUGACACUGAGCAGGACACGGAGCAGUUGCUGAAAAGCUUCAAAACUGUCAAGAGAAGAUCCUUUCACCUGGGCAAUCCAGGCAGCGUUUUGUCAAAUACCCAAUCACCUAAGUGUGACAAGCAGGAUCUAGAGGGGGAACAGGAGGGUCAUCUUGUCAGCAAGGAAAUUGAUCUGCAGAAUGACCUGGAGCCGUCCUGUCUUGUUGAGUCUGAGGAAAUGGCUAAAGGGCAGCAGGACCAAGUGACCUUGUCUUCAGGACUUCAGAAUUCAUCCAUCUCUAAAAAGAGUGAUCUUGACAAUUUUUGUGGCAGUGACCUUGUCCCACCCACAGUUCUCCCCAGCAUUGCUGGUAAUAAACCAGUGAAGAGCCACUGUGGCAAGGCAGGGAAGGAAGCCACAGCUGAGGGGUUUGAGGAGUGCGCAAAUCCGGAUGCUUGGAAGAGUAAGGAGACCAGCCCCAUGAGCAAAUCUGGCAUUGAAGGGUACGCAGACAGUCCUGAUGGAGCCACACCUUCAGGGAGAAAAAGAAGCGGGGGAAAACCUUCAGGCCCGCACUCCAGACUUUCUGUCAAUUCCCAAGCAGUGGACUCAGGGCUCCUCUUCCCAGCUUUAGCAGCUUCUGAGGAAGAGGAGUCAGACUCAGCCAGAGCAGUCAUGGCAGAGAAACUGCAGUCAGGAGUAAUAGAGAGCACAUACCCCUUGGAGAUGAAUCCAGAGAACAAUGGUGUUUUGACAUCAGGAGCUGGAGGGUUUGCAGGCCCUUCUGGAGAUUAUGGCAUGGAUUCCAUAGAUGAGUCAUGUGGAGUGCACAGUGGCCACCAGGAGGAGCAGCAGCCAAACUCUGAGGGUUACAAAAUCCUGGAGUCCUCUGUGACCCCAGAUAAUCUGUUGCCCCCCCAUGAUGACUUUAUUGGCCCUGCUAACAGUAUGACCGGUACAGGGCAGAAGCAGAGGGCUGGAAGUGUGUCUGCCCCCACCCAGUGCAGCUCUGACGGCAGCUUCACAGUAAGCAAAAGAAAGAGGCCUCAGAGGCUGGAGUCCUCGGAGUCUGAGGAUGGUGCAGAGGAAGAUCAGCUGCCUUCUCUUGCACAACUACUUGGACCAGGCAAAUCUCGUUCACCAGCUGUGCAACAGCCAACACUGAUGAGCGCAGACCAUCUUCCCCUUCAGGAUCAGGAUAAUCCUGCAGAUCUUAUCAAAGGUGCCCCUGUUGCCCAUGUUGCAUCAUGCAUGCAUGAUGCAGGGGGUAACUCCAGCCCCGCUGCCCCCAGUCCAGAGUGGGUCCCUGCUAGCCAAGGAUCUGUGGAUCUGUUUGACACCCCAGAUGAAUGUGAUGGUGCAGCAUGUGAUGCAGGUCCCUCUUUUGAAUCCUCAGAGUUUUCAAAUGAAAUCAUUGCCACCCAGCAAAAGGUGGCGAUGCAAGAGGAGCUUCGCAGGCUGGAGAGGAUGAUGGCUCUAGUCUCUGAAGCACUCCACAAGAAGGGGGACAGUCCGCAGGCAGGGGACACAGGGAAGCUGAAGGCCCCGCAGCACCCAAGCUCGGCAGCGCAGACAGGUCAAGACCUCCACCAGACCCAAGUGCCUUCUGCCCAGACAAGAGAGCAACCUACCAGGCCCAAGCCCUCCCCCCCGUCGGCGCUGUCUCCCGUCUCCUCUCCCGGCGCAAGAGCCCUGAGGCACGGGAGGGGCUCCGUCUCACCCCUGCCCGCCCCUGGGGCCACGGCGGGCCCAAGCCCCGCCCAUCCCGCCUGCACCGAGGAUGAGGGCACGGCAGAGACAGGACAGCGCUGUAGCAGGAGGGCCAGAAAUCUGAGGAGCAGUGACAAAACGGCAGGACAGGCAGUCAACCGGGUUGGGGCCCUUGCCGCCCAAACCCGGGCAGCCGCACCGAUGUCGGGGCAUGAGGAGCGGGGGCUCCAGGCACCAGGAGGAGCGCUCCCCAAUGUCACAACCGUGGGUCAGGGUCACAGCGGUGCCCCACAGGGCAGGAUGGUGCUGGUGGUGUCGGGCUUGAGCGUGACAGAACUGUCUAUGGUGAAGAAGUUUUCUUCAAAGACAGGCGGUAGUCUGUGCGCGCAGGUGACCCCCGAGACCACCCACGUCAUCAUCAGGACAGAUGAGGAGCUGGUGUGUGAGCGCACGCUCAAGUACUUCCUGGGCAUCGCAGGACGGAAGUGGGUGGUGAGCUUUCAGUGGAUUGUGGAGUCCUUCAAACAAGGGAGAGUUCUGAAUGAAGCAGAGUUUGAGGUACAAGGGGACGUGGUGAAUGGGCGACGUCACCAGGGACCUACGAGGGCUCGCAGCACUAGGGACCAGAAGCUGCUGCUGAGUGGUUAUGAGAUCUGCUUCCAGGGGCCCUUCACAGAUAUGACCACAGGUCAGAUGGAGUGGAUGGCGGAGCUGUGUGGGGCGAAGGUGGUGAAGGACCCGCUUCUCUUCACCGGCACACAGAGGUCUGCACGGCUGGUGGUGGUGCAGCCCAGCUCUGACGAGUCCCGGACAGCGCACAGAGCUCUCCAGAAGGGGGCAACAGUGGUGUCUCGGGGGUGGCUGCUGGACACUGUGGCAACCUACACAGUUCAGAAUCCUGAUGAGUACAGAGUUUAGACCCUGCCCACCCUGCCGUGGCUCAUUCGUCUCUCCCGCCAAGUCUUGAAACUGCCUAAAAGAUUUCAGUCCUCUGCACUUUAUUCCCCUCUCCCCCAGAGUUUUGCAUUGUUUUUGUGAAACUGUUUUAUAUGCCUAAUGGCCCUUGUGUUUUA